GAGAGAGAGAGAGAGAGAGAGAGAGAGAGAGAGGAUGAGGCGUGGUUUUCUUAAUGCUGCUCGUCCGGCCAAGAGUGGCGUUGGUGUACGUGAUGCAGCACCGGCAUCGUCAAGGCGGAAAAGCAGCCCGCCGCCAUUAGAAGAUCCAGAUGAGUGUGCAGGACAGGACGGCUUGGCAUCUGGCGACACGUGUGCAGCUGCUGUUCAUAUGGACGUGAUCACGGACAUUGAUGGGAUCAACGGUGAUCAACAAAGGAUGGAAGUUGACCUGACUUCCAGUGUUCGUGGUUGUUGUAGUUCUGCUUCUUCUGCACCUGGGCUAUCGAAUGCACCUUCGCCUGGAGCCGCCGUUGUGAUGCCUCAGAUGGAAGAAUCAGGAGGUGCUAGUACAUCUGCAUCACUGCCAAAUCGAAUUGAGGAAAGCAUGAUGCAUGCAGAGACUGCCGAGGACAACCUGAGAAAGCCUGCAGGGAGUCUUCACGAGUGCCUUGCGCUUCUGCGCGGGAGUUCGGACGAGCAGCGUCUGGUUGGGCUUCUGCUUGCUACAAAGUUUGUUUCUGGGCCCGAUGAGAGUGCAAUCCGAGCCAUCUUUGAUGCUGUCGGGUUCGAAUUUAUCAACCGUCUCUGCAAGUCGGGAACAGGCAGGCGUAUGGAAGGACGGGUGGGUGCAGAGAAGAAGCAGGAUGAAGAAGAAAGCCUUAAGCAGCAAGAGGCGUUUCGGCACUUGGCUUUGACACUUAUCAGCGCAUUUUGUCGCCUACCAGACGUGGCGUCAUCUGUUCACAUUAUCCGGAAGGUUCCAAUGUUUCUGGACAUCAUCCGAUCCAGAGAAGGUGAAGGACCAGUUGGGGAUUCCUACGAGUGCCUCGUGGCGGUUGCUGGCGCGUCUGAAGACGGAUUGAGGGCAGUACAGCAAUCGGAUGCCCUGGGGCUCAUUGCAACCGACCUUAGCGCCUUUGGGUUUGAGUUCGGCUGGACUCCUUUGUCAAUCAAGUUGAUGGCCAUGCUGGUGAGCGCAGCCGGAGAGGACAUGUUUCAUACACAUUCUGCUGCGUUGGCAGCUGCAAUUCCAUCGUUUGCGAGAUCCUUCUUUCGCCGCCAGGAUGAGCUCAAGUUUGAGAUUUUGCAAAUUCUAGGGGUGCUGCUUGCUUCGUAUGCUUCGAGAGCAGUGCGGCAGAGAAUAGCCAUCAACGACUGCUCCAGGCCAACAAGUUCUAUGGAACCGGAGUGGGCAAAGAAUGUGCGGUCUGGAUUGGCUGAGAUCUUGAACAGUCGUGUGGCUAUUUCUCACAGGCGGCUAGCGAUUCAAGUUGUGCGAGGGAUGGUAGAGCUCAUGGGUGAAGAAUGGAUGCUCGGAUUGGUCGAGAGUAUGAACUCUGACGAUCGAUCUCCUCCUGGCGAACGGUUUUUCCUGUUGGUGGUUGCAACGAUUUCAGUUGAGAUCUCAAUGCUAUUGGAUGAGGUGGCCAAGGAGAUGUCUGAUCCAUCGGCCAGCAUCGAAGAGCAGCAGGCAUUCAUGCACAAAUGUUUUAUCCUGGCUGAUUGCUAUGUUCUGCUCGAAAGGGUGAUUGAGGUUAUGUCACGAACAUCAGCAGAGCGAGACAAUGUGGAGGACGAAGAUGACAUGGUGGCUGACGAGCAAGGAGGUAAUAAAGAGUGAACUCAGUGAAGAAUCGAAAUGUAAAUCCGCAUGGGGGGGGGGGGGGGGGGGGGGGGGGGGGAGAAGAAAAAGAACUCAAUUUCCUUUGCUCAAUGUGUACAAGAGCAACCCGAUUCCGAGAAGAACAACCAUUCAGAUAAGGAAAAGCUUAGAAGAAGCUGGAUUGUCGUACUACUCUUUUCUCAAUCCAAUCAAGUUAAGCAAAAUUA